UUGGGAAGGGAAGUCUCCAGUCGAUCGCAAAAACAACCGAAGAAAUAUUGUUUACAAAAACAAGAAAUUUGCAAAUAUUUGCAGCAUGGAGACCCUACUCUCCGCUGAGGCAGAUUCUGCGGGGUCCGAUACGGUCACCAUGGAGCUGAAAAACGUGAACAUGACUGGCAGUGGGAAGGAGAGGGUUGGCAUGGAGGACUUCGAGUUGCUGAAAGUUUUAGGAACAGGAGCUUACGGGAAAGUGUUCCUGGUGCGUAAAGUUGGCGGUUCAGAUGACAAGAAACUGUACGCCAUGAAGGUUUUGAAGAAGGCCAGCAUAGUCCAGAAGACAAAGACAACAGAACACACAAAGACAGAGAGACAAGUUCUCGAAGCUAUCCGGCAGUCUCCCUUCCUGGUCACACUCCACUAUGCCUUCCAGACUGACGCCAAGCUCCAUCUCAUUCUGGACUACGUUGGCGGGGGUGAGAUGUUCACACACCUCUACCAGAAAGAACAUUUCAGAGAGGCCGAAGUUAGAAUUUACAUUGGAGAGAUCGUCUUAGCCCUGGAGACCCUUCAUAAGCUGGGCAUCAUCUACCGGGACAUCAAGCUGGAGAACAUCCUGCUGGACUCCCAUGGACAUAUCAUACUGACUGACUUUGGCCUCAGCAAGGAGUUCCUGGCCAGCGAUGCUACACAUCGAGCAUACUCAUUCUGUGGGACAAUCGAAUACAUGGCACCUGAGGUUGUUCAAGGAAGAUCUGGCCAUGAUUUUGCUGUAGACUGGUGGUCCCUAGGGGUCCUGACAUACGAGCUGCUCACAGGGGCAUCCCCCUUCACUGUGGAUGGAGAGAAGAACUCACAGUCAGAAAUAUCCAAGAGAAUAUUGAAGUGCAACCCUCCAAUUCCAAGUGAUUUCUCAGGGGACGCCAAAGACUUCAUACUGCGAUUGUUAACAAAAGAUCCUUUGAAGCGGCUUGGCUCUCAAGGGGCUGAGGGUAUCAAGAAACAUCCGUUCUUCAAGGGUCUGAAUUGGCAAGAUCUGUCACGGAAGAAAGUUCCAGCACCAUUUGUGCCCAAAAUCCGACAUGAGCUAGAUGUGAGCAACUUCUCGGAAGAGUUCACAGCGAUGCAGGCUGCAGACUCUCCUGCCAUUGUUCCCAUGAACGGGGAGAAACUGUUCAAGGGCUAUUCAUAUGUGGCUCCGUCCAUCAUCUUCACUGAGAACACGAUCAGCAGUAGUCUACUCCACCCCACCCGAGAACAUCAGCCCGAUGAGUCAAACCUGCUCUGUACUAGUCAUCUCAAAAACUCCCCAUUCUUCCAGCACUAUGACCUUGACUUGAAAGAUCCUCCAUUAGGAGAUGGGAGCUUCUCUAUAUGCAGAAAGUGUCGUCACAAACAGACCAACAUACAAUACGCGGUGAAGAUAAUCAGUCGGCGAGUGGAAUGUCACCGGGAGAUACAGUUACUUAGGAUGUGUCAAGGUCACCCAAAUAUCGUACAGCUGCAGGAUGUGUAUCAUGACGAGUUCCACACCUACAUUGUGAUGGAGGUACUCAGAGGAGGGGAACUAUUGGAUCGAAUUCGGAAAAAGAAAAGCUUCACUGAGACAGAAGCCAGUGAGAUAAUGCAGAAGUUAGUGAGAGCUGUAGACUUCAUGCAUGCCAAGGGAGUUGUGCACCGCGAUCUGAAACCAGAGAACCUGAUAUUUGAGGAUAAUACUGAUGAUGCUGAAAUCAAGAUUGUUGAUUUUGGGUUUGCCAGACUCAACCCCGAGAACCAACCCCUGAAAACUCCUUGUUUUUCUCUUCCCUAUGCCGCCCCCGAAGUUCUCCGACAGACAACGAGUCGGGAAACAGGGUACGACGAGUCAUGUGACCUGUGGAGUCUCGGUGUUAUCCUGUACACAAUGCUGUCUGGGAAGGCCCCCUUCCAGGCAAAGAGUCAUGAAGACACUGCUGAGGCGAUCAUGUCGAGAAUCAAGGGAGGAGAGUUUGACAUGUCCUUGCCUGAAUGGAAGUCUGUGUCAGAACCAGCGAAAAGACUUAUAAAGGGUUUGUUGCGCGUAGAACCAAGGAAAAGGUUGACGAUGUCAGAUCUGCAGAAGAACGAGUGGGUCAACGGCAGCAACUUACAGCUCUUCUCUCACACACCGCUCAAAACUCCCGGCGUUCUCUCCACCACCAACAGCUCUGUCAAUGUGCAGUUGUCCGUAACAAUGGAUGCUUUCCACAUGGCUACGAAAGAGGGCUUCCGGCUUCAAGACGUAGCCACUGCCCCAUUAGCCAAACGACGUCGAGCUAAGAAAAGCUCAACAGACAAUCGUAGUAGUUCUACAGACAGUAAUAAUUCUAGUUCGACUGUUUCGUCUGGGCUGACACAGUCUCCAGUGCGGCAGUCGCCAGUGAGGACUCACUCCAACACCUCGAACACCUCCAGUACCUCUCAGGGUUCCAUGUCCAGUAUGGGCUUUGUCCCCCAGAAGGGUGCCACGCCCCGAGUGGACAGCCCCUUGUCCUCCACCUCCAAGGAGAGAGUGAUUCAUAUAAACUCCACUGACACACCAGAGGUUGAGGUGCACAUGACUCGCGGUAUCAAACGCAAGUUGGACAUUGAACAACAACGCCUAGCAGAAGAGGAUGAAGAUGAUGACUGUAUAAUCAUUGCUAACACAUUCCCCUCUUCCAGAACGAAUGCUGAUGACAAAUCGAAAAAUGGUUCCACCAAACGAAUACGGACUGAUACAAUUGUUAUUGAUGAUUAGGUGAUCUGUGAUAUUGACCAGUGGUCAUGGUUUAUAAAAGAUAUGUUGCUUUUUUCAGAAUCUAUUCCAUUUUGAUGUAUUAUUAGUGUCUUACUCCUAGAACACAUAUCUGGAUUUGGUGGGAGCUGGUGCCCUCUGAAGUGUUUACAUGAGUUGUCUCCCCUUGACUUCAUUUCUCACAAUUGAAGCUACAGUAACUGGUUCACAAAUUAAAACUUGGUCAGGACAUUCUUAUCAAUUCUAAACAGUUCAACACUUCCUGUGUUUACUUACAAUAUAUCCGUCAUUUGGUUAAAAAUCUGCAGGGAAUUUUCAAUAAUGCUGCAUAAUAUAUACCCCGUCUAUGACCUCAUCUGUUAAAUUAACAGUUUUCAUCUAGUGCUUUCAACUCUUUCUACAUGUAUUUAUACAAUGAUCAUAAUGAGAUCUUCAGGAAGGCAACAUGAAGCUACUGAAGGCAAGUGUGUGAAAUAAUUUCAAAGUAUUGCUCGCCUGCUUGGCUAGCCUAGCUAUAAAACUUACUGGUCAGUUUCAAAUUUUACUUGCUUAAAUAUGCGAGUUUAUUUUAAACCUGUAUUGCUAAUUGUGAGUCAGAUAUUAUGAAAGGUGAUGACACUGCAACCUCAGUUCGUUACGGAUAUUAAUUUGAUUUUUAAGGUCGUAUUGAUGUAAAUGAGAGAACUUUUUUUUAUUUAGAUAAAAAAAGAGCAUACAAAAAUCACAGUUAAAAUUUCAGUAGCCCGUCAGGUUAGGGCUAUUUUUAGUACAAUCCAAAUUUUGCUAGCCAUGAGCGGCUAUUUCGCACACUGCUUAAGGCCAUACUUCUCUCAUAACACUGCCCCUAGUGGGUGUUGGAGUCUGACUAGACAAGGGAGAUAAGUCUUGUAAAUAUCUAUGUUAUACCUUGCCACACCCACCCUUUGUUUGAACAUUGACUGUGUAUAGUGCCUUAACUGUGCUUGUUGGCAAAUCCCUUAUAGAGUAUCACGGAUGUGCUGAGAAUCAGGGAAGAUAUUACAAAGGCAAAGAUUUCUCACUUCUACAUUGAUAUUGCUUAUUGCGCCUAAUUGACCCAACAAGAUCAGAUUUAAAAUGGGUACUCUUUGGAUUGAUUUUGCAUAUUGUAAUGAAGAAAUACAGACCGACCAUUUGAUGUUCAUGGUGGGGUGGGGCUUGGGAUUUUGUUUGGACACUAGAUAUUUCUUCAGCAACAGCAGGGGGCACGGGUGGCCCAGUCGUCUAAGGCGCCGCGAUUCGCUGUGCAGAGUUGCAUCCCUUGGGCAUGCCAGAAACCUAUAAUUGUGGGUUCGAAUCCCGGUUCGCCCUG